AUGGAGAGCAGAUCUAAAAAGCAUGGAGACACCCACUAUACCUCGCCCCAUGAAGGCGAGGAGCCAGCAUUAACGGAGCAACUUGGAGAGCCACUGUGGACGUUCGACUCGAUUUAUGACCUGUACUCUACAAAAUCGCCAACAAACCCUGGAGCGACGCAACACUUCGACCUAUCCACAUACUACGAUUCCUUACCACCACCGACCUCUCCGCCUCCCGAAACUGCGCUCCCCCAACCACCGUCCCAGUCUUCGCAGACAUAUUACGACGUCUCCGGUGUGCAGUACGCGCCACCCAGCGCCGAGGCCUACACUUCACCAACACGGAGCGCUGCCGUGCUGGAACCGUCGCUGUCGUACCAUUACGGAAACAACGCCGCGUCUGCGGGCUACGAGAGCUACCUCCCGAGUUCUUCAAGCAACACCUACACCGCCGGGUACGCGAGCGGAGACUACACCUCGGUGUAUGGGGCCACGAGCGAGAUGUCGCGGCAGGGGAGCAGCGGGGGAACGUACUACGACGGGCUCGGAAUCUACAUUCCCGACGGCGCGCCAAUGUACGCGAGCCCGACUACUGACGCUUCCAGCCCGUACAGCGUGUCGUACUCACACGCAGCGACAACCUCCACCAUAGCCCCGGCCGUAGCCUACAUCCCCGAAUCGCCUAUCCCGGCCCCCGUGCCGCCGUCCGCACCGACCCCUCCCGCGGCUGCCGUCAUGCAUCUCCCCCAACCCGACCGCAAAGGCAAGAAGCGCGAGCCCGUGCUCGUCCGCAAGCCCGUUCUCGUCCGCAAGCCCGUUGGGUACUUUCUCGACGGGUCCAGCAGCAGCAAGUCCGACGACGAAGGAAAAAAGCCCGGUUUCGCAGAGAAACUCGUCUUGUUUGCCGCUAGCGCUAACGGCAUUAGCUCGUUCAAGGAGGUGAGGGAGAACUGGAAGGAUUAUAAGGAUAAGGAUUACAAGCCGACGAAGAAGAAGUAA